AGUUUACUUACAAAAAGAAAAAAAAUAAAAAUUGGGUUCAGUUACUUUAAACGAAAGCAAUUCGACCAAUAAAUCACAUUGAGAUUAUCGAAACUCAUCAACUAUUAUUGGUUCCUCAUCUAAUUAUAGAUGUUUUGUCGAAAUAACUUGUCCUUACCAUGAAGGGACAUGAUCUUCCACCUGAUGCAUAUCUUCCGAGUCCCAAGCAAAAGACUGCAGGCGCCACCUCUCUAUGAUCAUGCACAUAUAUUGCUAGCUUCCAAAAUUCGAAGGCCUAUAAAUCAACCCACCCAAGAAGCCUACAAUAUCAAAACCAAAACCAGAAAACUAGAAAAAUUAACUUGAACGAUUAUAAAUUAACCAAAGUUUUAAACUUCAACCCUAGAGUCUCAAUUAAAUUUCUAGGGGGAAAAAUGUAUAAACAAAAAGGAAAACUGAGUGGUUUCCAUCAAUUCCACGAAGAAUGGCAUGAACAACUCCGGGAACUUGUCCAACAACUAAAGAAAGCCCCAAGACCUGCAACUAACCAAGAACAACACGAAUUGCACACACAUCUAGUCCAAAAAUUCACUUCCCAUUACUACGAAUAUUACCGUGUCAAGUCCAUGGCUGCCAAAAAUGACAUACUCCAUAUAUUCAGUGCACCAUGGUCUAAUUCUCUAGAGAGAUCUUUAUAUUGGAUUGCUGGUUGGCGACCGACUACUGCUUUCCACAUUAUUUACACUAAAUCCAGCAUCCUUUUUGAGUCUCCAAUCGUUGAUAUCCUUCGUGGGUUCGGUAACGGUGACCUUGGGGAUCUUUCACCUAAUCAGCUUAGUCGGCUCAGUGAGUUUCAGUACGAAACCGUCCAGCAAGAAAAUGCUAUCACUGAACAACUCUCAGAUUGGCAGGCAAGCAGCUGGAAUUUCUUCUUCUUCUUGUUCCCUUUUUUCCUUUUUCUUUUUGGUUUUUUGUUUUCUUACUUUGCAUCUAUACACUGACGGUGUGUACGAAUUUU